AUUUUAAUGAUGUUAAUUCUUCCAGUCCAUGAACAAGAAAGCUGAUUUUCAGAUGUAUGAAAAGUAUUGUCUGAAUAAGCCCAGAUCAGAGGCAAUUUGGAAGAAGUAUUCAGAAUGUGCCUUUUUCCAGAUAUUGACAGGCCUCCAAAUCAGUGGCAUUUCUCUUCUCAGUGGACAAAACCACAGCCUGAAGUAUUUUUUGCAAAUGAUGACACCAACUGCAUCAUGAAUGGGUUUGGUCCCAUGGCUAUGAAUCAGUACCCACUGCCCUUGACUAGAAGUCCCUCUGUUCAGCCUGGUAAGCUGUGGCAUUUCUCCUCCUCAACCAGCCCCAAAUCUCCAGAGCCUGAAUACCCUCAUGCCUUCCCCACUGGGCACCUGGUUCCAGAGACCCAGCCUGAUGGGAAAUAUGAGUCCCUCCUAAAAUUCCUCCAGCAAGAGAGAUGUGUAGCACAUUAUCAACAAUGUGCCAUGUGGGAAAAUUGCAACCCUGCCUAAGCAACCAAAAGCACAGGAUUGCCCUUCAACCUGUAUUCCAGCUCAGCCCACUGUAAGAAAUAUUUUCCUCCUGAUCGUGGACUGGCCAGUGUCAGCCUUGGCAAUGCUAAAAGCCAGUCUCCAGAGAGAAGAAAAGAUUUGUUCUUUUACUGA